CAUAGAUAAUUCACCUUUAAACUAACUUGAUUUGAUUGAACAAUUCUGAGCAUCAAAAUAAAGCAUAAUAAAUCUUUACAUUGUUUGCACUUUUGUGUAUAAUACACAUUAUGAUACCUGAUUAUUAUUAUUGGGUAUGAAUAAUGGACAAAAAAGUUUAUUAUACUUCUUUAAAAUCUCUUCAACAUAUUGUUCUGUUGUUGAUGUUUUGUUGUAUAAAAACAAGUGUAUCAUUGCUGUGUUAUAAUUGUUCUGCCACUCAGAAUGAAUGGAAUGGAUGUGGUGGUGAUUUUGUUCACUCGGUUUUAUUGUUUAAUAGCACAAGACAUUUCUUAGUUAACUGUUCAGAAGAAAAUGCCAUGUGCUUCGUAAGAUCAUGGAUGGCAAGGGCACAUAAUUCGUGGUUGGUUCAACGAGGCUGUUAUCUACCCAGUAAAAACGACGCCUUACCGCAUUCAAUGUCUUUACCCACAAGAGCUAUGACAUGUAAACACGAAAGGCUUGCUGAUGCUGAGUAUAAAGUUUGUCUUUGUAAAGCGGAUUGGUGUAAUUCAGGAAACUCCGUAAAUCCUUACCAGCUAGAAUUAGUACUUAGUGUAUCACUACUAUACUAUCAAAUUUAGAUACUUAUUAUUAACUCGUAACUUAUUAAUUUGUUGAAUAAAUUAAAUCUGUAACUCUGAA